AUGGACCUCCGUGUCAUCUUUGCUCAAAUACUUUACAUACUCUCGAGACGCCUUGUCGGCGUCGGCAAGCUUUUUUUACCGGUCCAACAGGUCAUCUGCUCCGCCAGUUGCAACAAGGAACGGUCGCUGCUCUUUUCUUCAUCUGCUCUCGACUUCUCAGGCAGCAACGAUAGCAGCAAGCGCCAGCGCAUUAGCAGAAGAUCUAGCUGUGCUUCCGGUAUUGACUGGAAGCUGGGCUACCAGAUAAAGAAGCAAGAGUCGUCGGGCUUCACCUUGUCGAGUCUGCCUGGCUGUAUGACUGCUGGCGCGCCAGACCAUGGUGGUGGCGGAAAAGGCGGGGAAGCAAGCGGCUGGAAGCUUGCAAAGAAAACUGCUCCAAAGCCCAAGUACGACCAGCAUUCAUUGCUUGGCUACGUGGCAUCAGACUCGAAGAAGCUACGACAGCGCAGCAGCCGCCGCGGUUCUCGGUCGCCUCUUCUCAGUAAGUUCCGCCGUGAAGACGGCACGCCCGGCCAUUGA